AUGAAGGUCGCGAUCCUCGGUGCCACUGGUGAGACGGGCACCUCCAUCUUGAACGCCCUCCUUGACUCAACCGAGCCGCGAUAUGAGAUUACUGCACUGGUCCGUAAAUCCUCACUAGAGAAACCUGAGGCACUUGCUCUCAAAGAGAAGGGAAUCAACGUUGUAGCUGCGGAUCUAAGUGGCCCUGAGGAUGAACUCGCGCGAGUCCUCGAUGGUAUAAAUACCGUUAUUUCAGCAAUCAGUGCUACCGGCCUCCUUGCGCAAACCCCGCUCAUCAAUGCCGCUCAAGCCGCGGGUGUCAAGCGCUUCUUGCCUUGCUGUUUCGCCCCGGUUAUGCCAGCAGGAGGUAUUUUAGAGCUGAGGGAUAUCAUGAAAAAGAAAGAGCAGGUGAUCAAUCAUGUCAAGAAAGUCAAACUCCCUUACACUAUUGUCGAUAUCGGCUACUGGUAUCAGUUGAUGCUACCUCGCUUGCCCUCCGGCCGUGUUGACUAUGCCUUGCCAAUCACUCUAGGGGGUAUUCCAGGUGACGGAAACACCCCCUGUGCCUUUACAGAUCUGCCAGAUAUUGGAAGAUGGAUCGCUCGCAUUAUCGCAGAUCCUCGGACCCUGAACAAGAUGGUCUUUGCCUACAACACGGUUCUGACAAUGAACCAAGCAUACGAUCUGUUGGAAGAGGCCAGUGGUGAAAAGAUUGAGCGCAACUACAUCUCAGAGGCCGCGGUCAUGGAGGGAGUGGCUAGAGCAGAGGCUAAUUGCCCGCCUGCGGACUCAUUCGACUACUUUGAUGUAGUGAAGUACCAAUACUUCAACGCACUCGGAAUUCGAGGGUAUAAUACCCCAGAGUACGCGCGGUACUUGGGAUAUGUAGAUGCAACGGAGCUCUAUCCCGACAUGAAAGUGACAGCCCCGGAUGUCUAUUGUGAGAGACUUUUAAGUGGCAAGGCUACAAUGAUCUAUCAGCGUUUGAUGUCGGCCGCUCACUCCUCCGCCUCAACGAAGGUUGGAAAAGAGGCCAUCCGCAUACUUCUGGCCUCUCCAGCCAGUCUUACUAUCCGUGGCAUCUAUCGCGAUACCUCCAAAGCUCCAGAUGAACACACAAGCCACCCGAACUUCAGUUCAGUCAAGGGCGAUGUUGCUUCUGAGGAUAGUCUUGAUUUCAGCAAUUCUGAUGCCGUUCUCUAUGUCCCGCCGCCGACUUAUGAGGACAUCGACCAGAGCGAAUGGGCCAAGCAAACAGCCAACAACGUCAAAGGUGCCUUGAAGAGAUCAGGCGUCGAGAGGCUCGUUGUUCUGUCUGGUCUGGGGUCCCAAAAUGACCAUGGUAUCGGCUUUGUCCGCUUGAAUCAUCACACCGACAACAUUCUCAAGGGCUCUGUGCCUGAAGUGACUAUCCUUCAGUCAACUCAUUUUCAAGAGGAGUUUGAGUACAUGUUUCAAAUGCCUUUGGGAGAUCCGCCAACAAUCUCAUCAUGGAUCGCACCAAGGGAUUUCAAGGUCCCAAUUGUCAGUCUCAAGGACGUUGGCGAAGUCUGUGCGAAGAACUUGCUCACCAAGCUUGAGAGCCCCAGCCCGCAAGUGAUCAAGGUCUUUGGUCCUCGUGCCUACAGCUCAAUCGACCUGAGAGACAUGUUUGAGGAAAUCACUGCUAACAAGGUUGAGCUCAGACUUGCGCAAGGUGAAGAUUUGAAGGCUUUCUUCAGACAGAUCAUGCCUGAGCAUUGCAUUUCAGACUUCAUGGAAAUGAUAGAAUCGUCCCUACCAGGUGGAUUGGUCGCCAUGGAGUAUGAGGCUGAUGAGAAUACCGUGACUGGAAAGGUUGACAUGUUGGAGGUUUUUCGUGAACUGGGUGACAAGUAUGGCUGUUCCAAAUAG